AUGUUUCUGACCUGCAUUCGAAUUGAAGGUCGAAGUGAAGGAAUUGCCGGAGAAACUCUCACUCUAACUUGCGUCACCGAAGUGCGGGGUGUUUCGAAAUCGGCCAACUUGGUUUGGUCCCAUGGUACUGGGGCGCACCGUACCUACAUAAGUCCUUCUUUGACAACUUUCGAUACUGCCCUAAUUCUGAGAGACCCAAAGUCAAGUCAAACCUACAAUGACAGCCACCUCAAACCCGCCAUACAAACUGCCGUCUCUCGCCGCGUUCGCAUUACCGAAAAACACCACGCGAAUCACACGAUUCACAGUCAAUUAACAUUUCAACCACUGCUGUCGGAACACGCCGGCUUGUGGAAGUGCGUCAAGAUUGGACACCCACUCCGAACAAUAAUAGAGGAAGCGGAGACGAUGGUCUACGUGAGAUCUAAAGUUCUACCUGCUUCGACACGUCAAGUGGGACGGAAUGACAACUCGGACAAGAAUCCAUCCAGGGGGCGCAAGUCCUACCCAAAUAUCGUGAUGAUCAUUGUUGCGCGUUUCGCACUGGGGAUGUUGUUCGCAACUUGA